CUCUCGCUCUGUCUCUCGCUCCCUGUGCGUGCGCGCGCGCGCGUGUCUGGCAGCCCUCAGCCGCGCCUCAGUCUCUCUCCCAAAUAAAGCGUCCGGAUCUCGUGUGAGGGUGACCGCACUUGGAAGAGGGCGCUGCGCCGGGGCGGGCGGCGAGGCUUGCUCGGGAAUGUAACAGUGGACGGGAGGAGAAACAAAGGGGAGGGACUGCAGGAGCUGAUGGACUUGGAGAUAACUAGAUAGCACGCAUUAGAUAUAUAGACUCAUCUCGCUCUCUCUCACACUCUCUCUCUCUCUAUCAGUGUCUCUGCCUCUCUCUCGCCCCCCUCAUCCUUCGUCGGUCGGACUGUCUCUUUCCUUUCCGGAUGAUGUAAGCGUUUGACGGGAGAUACUCGGAUUAAUCCCCGCUGCCCAUCAAAGCGCUCAUAUUUUCCAUUAGCCGGGGCUGUGCCGGGGCUGAGCCGGGGUGGGGGCCGGAGCUGUGCCGGGGUGGGGGCCAGAGCUGUGCCGGGGUGGGGGCCGGGGGGAUAGUUCCACGUUGUUCCACCGCGUCUCUCUCGUCGGCGUGACGGGGCUCCGCGGGACGUUGCGCAGCGCUCUCCUGUGGUCCGUUCGGUUGUUUUCAAGAGAUCCAUCUGGGCGGCGGUGCAGUCAUGUGGCAGAGAGUCCUCGUUUGCUGCGCACUGCUGGCGCUGCACUCGGCGGCACCGCCUGCGCACAUCAACCGUCUGGCGCUGUUCCCUGACAAGAGCGCCUGGUGCGAGGCCAAGAACAUCACGCAGAUAGUUGGGCACACGGGAUGUCAGCCCCGCUCUAUCCAGAACAGAGCGUGCCUGGGGCAGUGCUUCAGCUACAGCGUCCCCAACACCUUCCCGCAGUCCACCGAGUCUCUGGUGCACUGCGACUCCUGCAUGCCGGCGCAGACGCAGUGGGAAGUGGUGACUUUGGAGUGCCCAGACAGUGAAGACGCGCCCCGCGUAGACAAGCUGGUGGAGAGGAUCUUCCACUGCAGCUGCCAGUCGUGCAGCAAGGAGGGAACCCAGGACGAGGCGGUGAUGCAGCUCUACCCUUCGGAGGGCGCCGUCGAGUCGCCGUCGCUGUCCGAAGGCCUCGGCGGCGCCCCGCCGUCCCACCCUCAGAGCCAUACGGACGGACACUCCAAGCGCGUUCACUCGCACGCCGAGCAUCACGCGCUACCGCACACGUCUGACGGAGGAUAGGACCCCCUACCCGACCCCCCUCCCCACCAUCCUUUCCUUCCUCCGUCCUCCAGAACCACGUGUCAUCCUCUUAACCACCCUGUAGCAUCGAAAAGGCACUUUGAAAAACCCUGACUUGUCUCUAUAGUACUUUGUUUGAAGGGCACACAGCCGGCCAUGUUACACAACACACCCCACCGUAUGUAAAGUACACUCGUACCAACACACCAAGCCUGCACACUCGCUCCUCGUGCACUGAUCAGUGCAACACAUAUUUACAUUUGUGCACCCACACACACAACUACCCUGUUCGUGCUGUAGUCUCAUUACUUUUAAUCUGCUUUAAUGCAAUAAAUUCUAUUGUUAAAAUUA